AUUUUGACGGAAGGAGAGAAGGCAAUGCUGUCAUUUGCAUUGUAGACAUACAAAACCAUAAAUGUAUUUCAUAUGUGUGAAAAUACGUGUUGAGGAAUAUAUAAUACAGUUAUAAUGCAUGCACACAUUAUUAUGUUCGUAUAGUGUAAUAUAACAAGGAAUUCACGAAGAAAAAGUUUGAUCCAAUAACAAUCAGCGACACAAACCGUAUAUAUAUAUAUACAUAUAUAGUUAAUCACAAAAAAUAAUUAGUCUUCGAUAGGAGGUUGAAUGUGUGGGAGUAUACUCGCAUAUAAAGCGAUCAUAAGAAAUUUGAAACGAGAUUUUCAAUUUUUCUGUAGCAAUAAAACAAAUGAACAACAAUAUUUUUAAUUCCGUUGACAAUUACCAACGUUUCAACGAGAAUACAAAUCCAAAUUACGAUCAGGAUGGAUCCAGUCCUAAAUAUGGAUCUAUGUUGUCCUUCCAUUCUUCAGACAGUCAAACGAGAAUAUCAUCGCGCGCCAACAAUGAAACGCCAAAUGAAAUGGGCCAUAGAAUUGGAGUGGAUAGAUUAGGAGGUGAGACUUUGACCGAAAGUGUUGCACUUUCAAGACAGGUCAUGACCAUGGAUACGGAAAUUUACUGGGAAAUGAACUAUCAUGAAGCUUCAAUUUUUUUAGAAGAAGGCAGAAAUAAUGAAAAAUUCGAUUCUCAUCCGAGACAUCCGGAGGAUUUACCUGCGUAUUUACUGGUUCAUAAUAAUUGGUACUAUGGCCUUGAUUUGUUAACGUCGUUACUUUUACUAGCCUUAGCGUUUGUUGAAGAACCAGCAGUUCCACUUUUUAGGUUACCUGUCUGGGCACAUGGAACAAUCGAGCUUUUUGCAUUGAUGACAAUCGGAGUAGAAUUAGCAUUAAAAUUAAGAUGGAUAGGAUGGGGAAUGAUGUUAAAACAUAAACGUACAAUGCUAAAGUGUAUCACAUUGGCGAUUAUGUUUGUGGAGGCAUUGACAAUUUUGGUCAGGCAAUCGUCACAUUUUCGAGUGACACGUGCAUUACGACCAAUAUUUCUAGUUGAUACUAAAUAUUGCGGUGGAGUUCGACGAUUUAUUCGACAAAUUUUAUUUACAUUACCACCAAUUUUAGAUAUGUUGGGACUUCUUUUCUUUUUUAUUACAACAUACAUGGUAUUAGGAUACUAUAUGUUUAGAGAGAUGAAUUCACAUUUUGCUACUCUCGAAGACAGUUUUGUCAGCCUUUUUGUAUUACUCACCACGGCCAACUUUCCAGACGUAAUGAUGGAGUCUUACUCGAAAAAUAAAUUAUAUGCAAUUUAUUUUGUCUCAUAUCUUUGUACAAUGUUGUACGUAAUGAUGAAUCUCAUGUUAGCCGUGGUAAAUGAGACUUUUACUGCUGCUCAACGAGACAAAUUUAAAAAAUUAUUUCUCCACAAACGAAAAGCAUGUCAGCAUGCAUUUAAACUUUUGGUUUCUAAACAAAAUCCAGAUAGAAUGAAUUUCCGUCAAUUUGAGGGUUUAAUGCGAUAUUACGCUCCAAAGAAAUCAUUCAGAGACGUGGUCUUAAUGUUUAAAUUAAUGAAUACAUCGAAUGUAGGCUAUCUUAGUAUGGAGGAAUUUUUUUCCGUCUAUGAUGUGACAGUCCUCUCAUGGGAACCCCAAUACUCGAGCAUUCCUUGGUAUCAUACUGCUUGGAAACCAUUGCAAUUUCUCUGCAAAGGAGCAAAUAUUGCCAUUUCGUGGGCCUAUUUUGAUACCUUAAUUUACACAGCCAUCGUAGGUAAUGGUAUUGCAAUGGUGGGUCGUUUAUUAGAAAUUUCAGGAGAUCGAAUCGAUUCAGCGCACAGAUUUUCUGCCUAUUGGGACACAUUACUCUUUGGUGGAAUUUUUGCAGCCGAAGCACUCAUUAAAGUUUUGGGUCUUGGUGUGAGAAGAUAUUUGAGUUCUGGAUGGAAUUUAUUUGAUUUGGGAGCAUCGAUUAUGAUUUUAGUCGCUGCUGUGAUUCUCACAAUUUUUCCAACUGCAACAUUUUUUGUUGUUUUCCGACCAUUGAGAACAUUACGAUUAUUCAAAAUUAAAAAAAGAUAUCGAGAUGUUUUUGGAACACUAGUGAUUCUAACGCCACUAAUGUGCUCCGCUGCAAUUGUCAUGCUUAUUUUAUACUAUUUUUUCGCAAUCAUUGGAAUGGAAUUGUUCGCCAAUUAUGACAUGAGAAAUUGUUGCAAAAAUACAACAGUGGAAGAUUUUUACAAAUACUCGGCAAAUGAAACAACAAGUUUGGGAUAUUAUUAUCUAAAUACGUUUGAUAAUUUAGUGGCAAGCGGAAUGACUUUAUUUGAAUUGACAGUUGUUAAUAAUUGGUUUAUAUUUAUGAAUGCUUAUGCACAUAUUGUGGGUAAUUAUACGAGAGCGUAUUUUAUGAUUUUUUAUUUAAUUACAAUGAUUGUGUUAACAAUUGUGGUAUCAAGUUUCCUCGAAGCCUUUCGAUUCCGAAUUCAAUACAAAAGUCAAACAUCAAAACGAGAUGAGGAGAAAAUGCUACAUGACAAAGUUGAAUUAAAAUGGGAGGAAUUACAACCAAUUGUACAGGAUUUGCAACUUUUAGAACAACUUCGAUCUUCGCUAAUAAGUGCGGGAACAAUGGCAUUUAUUGGAUCACGGCCUAGAACACGUGAAAUUCUCCAAACAAGAAUGUACACUAAUGAAAUUUAUGAAUGGCUUGCGGAGGUAAAAUUGGCAGAGAGUCAUGAUGCAUCGCGAACAAUAAGUAGUUACGAGGAAAUUGGCGAAAGUAGCAGGAAUAUUGAUCCUGAACAAUUAGUAUUAAACGGUUUAACCAAUAAUACUCAACAACAACAACAACAACAAAGAAAUUCAAGUAACAUGCCUUUAUAGUUUAAUUUUAAACUAUAGUUGAUUAAUUUUCUUCUUUUUUCCUCUUCAUGUUAAUUUGUUAAAGAAAAAUUUUAACUCUUUUUCUAUCCGUAGAAAAAAAAUAAUUUUUUCAAGGAUUUAGAAUUUUUAGUACAAAAAAAAAGAAAAUUUUGUUAGACAAAAACAAAAAUGAAAAAAACUUCUAAAGUUUCUAAAAGUAUUUUAGCUGCAAUAUUUGAUGGCUUUAAUGUUGUAUAUUAUUAUUAAUUUAUAAUUUAUAUAAUUUUUUUUUUUCAUAUCAUUUUUAUCAUUUUAAAAACGAAAUCUUUGCUUAUACAAAGAUUAUUGCUUUAUUCAUUGGAAACAUAUCAAAUUUAUUAUUGUUACAUGAAACAAAAAACACAUUUUAGUGUUUAAUGAUCAAUUUUUAUUUUUUUAUAAUAAAAAAAAAAAAAAUUUUAUCUAUUAUUUAUAGUUUGUAAAUAAUGUAGAACUAACUGAUAUUAUGUGGAAUGAAAAGUAUGUUUGAGUGAUUUAUUUUAUAAAAGUAAGUGAAUUUUUAUUGUUCACCUAAUUUUUUUUUUUUUUUUUUUUUUUAACAAUUGACAGUUUUCAAGAGUUACUUUUUACUUACAAUUGUGUGAUAUUUAUAUACUAUCAUCGGAAAAACAGUAAAAAAAAGGGUAAUUUUUAAGUGACGCCAAAGGCAGAUAUAAUGACUUUUUCAAUCAUUCCAUACAUACAAAUUAGUUCAAAAUUUGCGUUUAUACAAAAGUAAGAUAAUACUAAAAACAAACUUUAAAAAAUGCUUUUAUAUCAGAAAAAUCAUUCCUCUUCAUUUGAAAUCUAUAAUAAUUAUAUUAUAUUCCAAUUAUAUAAUUUAUAUUUAUUUUUACAGAUGAAUUAUAUAAAAUUAGAUUAAUUGAAAGUGAAAACAAAUUUUAUUGCGGAAAA